UUUAUUGUACAUUUCUAUUUUCUAAAGGAUAUAUAUCAUUAUAAUUCAGUAGACACAAGAUAACAUUUGUGAGAAGUUUAUUCAUCUAAUUGAUCAUCGAGAUAGAAACCACCAUGGCUGAAGCGGCUCUAAUCAGUGGAUUGCUUUCAAACUUGGCACCUCUGAUUAAGGAUGAAUUCUCGUUGUUUUGGAGUUUUAAGAAGGAGGUUCAAAAGCUAUCCAGCACGCUAACUUCGAUAAGUGCCGUUCUUGAGGAUGCAGAAAGAAAGAAGGACAAGGACAAACAAACGGAAGAUUGGUUGCGGAAACUGAAAGAUGUGGCGUAUGAGGUUCGAGACAUCAUGGAUGACCGCACCUAUAAAGAUCUUCGUCUUCAAGUCAAAAGGCAUAAUGCCUCCUCUUCAACCCGGAUCAAGGUAACCAACUCAAUAACCCAUCCUUUUAUCAGCACUUGGACACGUCUAAAAGUUGGUCACAAAAUUAAGGAUGUUCAAGAGAAGUUUAACCAAAUUUCUUUAGAGCGCCAAACGUUAAGUUUGCGUGAAUCUAUUCAUGACAAAUUUACUAGUCGUUGGCGUGAAACCAUAUCUCUUUCUAGUUGUAAUAAAGUAUAUGGGAGAGAUAUGGAGAAGAAAAAGAUUAUUGAUAUUCUGGUCAAUAAUACAUCUGGUGAUUGUGCUGAUAAAAAACUAUCUAUUCUGCCAAUUGUUGGAAUUGGGGGUCUCGGUAAAACAACAUUAGCCCAGACGGUCUUCAACGACGAGGAGAUUACUAACCAUUUUAAAACCAAGAUCUGGGUUUGUGUUUCUGAUGAAUUUGAUAUUCAAUUGGUGAUGAAAGCCAUCUUAGAAGAAAAGGCGGAAGCACGCUUAGAAGAAUUGCAGAAAAAAGUUAGAGAAAAAUUGAGCGGGAAAAGAUAUUUGAUUGUGUUGGAUGAUGUUUGGAAUGAAAAUGUUGAGGCAUGGGACCAAUUAAGAUCUAUCUUGGAUUGUGGAUCAAAUGGUGCGUUCGUCCUUACCACGACACGAAAAAAAAAGGUGGCAAGAAUCAUGGAAACGAUUGAACAUUUUCAGAUAUCAUUGCUCUCUGACGAGGAUUGCUGGCUACUCUUUGAAGAGCGUGCAUUUAUGUGUGGAACACCAAAAACUCCAAACUUUGUUGAUAUUGGAAAAGAAAUAGCUAAAAAAUGUAAGGGUGUUCCCUUAGUUGCCAAAACAUUGGGAAGUCAAUUAGGCUUCAAAAGUAAUAUAAAUGAAUGGUGCAAAAUAAGAGAUAAUGAGGUAUGGGAUAUAUCUCAAAAUGGAGAAUCUGAUCUCAUGUCCAUUCUAAGGUUGAGUUACUAUGACCUCCCUUAUGAUUUGAGAAUAUGCUUUGUGUUUUGUGCUAUAUUUCCCAAGGAUGCUGAAAUUGAAAAGAUGAGAUUAAUCCAAUUGUGGAUGGCGCAUGGUUUAAUUCCUACAGUUAAAAACCAAGAAGUGGAAGAUACUGGGAAUGAAAUUUGGAAAGAGUUGUAUUGGAGAUCCUUUUUUCAAGACGAGAAAUCAGAUCAAUAUGGAAUUUACGAAACAUGUAAGAUGCACGAUCUUAUGCACGAUCUUGCCCAAUCUAUUAUGAAAAAUGAAUGUUAUACGUUGGAUGCUAAUAACUCAAGUGAUGGUUUAAAACGAGAAAUCCGUCAUCUAACGGUAAUGGUUGAUGACUUUGUCAAAAAAUCAGUUCAUUCUCUUAAGAAAAUUGAAGGGUUGCAUUCACUAAUGCUCAAUGGCAGAGAUGUUGAUGGAAAGCAAACUUUUUUGAGUGUCUUGAAGGAAUUUCCGGCUUUACGUGUCCUUGAACUAAACUGUGAUAUGCCGGUUGUAAAUUACUUGGUUGAAUAUGAAAGACUUUGA